GGGGCAUCAAAACUAAAACACUUAAUUUUUUUUGUUGUUGGAAAUUUUAAUUUCACCCACCUGAAAUUGCACAGGUGUCCAACAAUGAAUGAGCUGAAGUCGAUAAAAAGCUCCGUGAAACGACGUGUCGUACCACGUUUUCCACUUUUAUUUUUAACAGUACUCAAUAUAAAGUGUGGAUCCAACGUAUGAUGGAUUGAUGAGAAUGAUAAGGAAGAAGAUGUUAACAAUGGUUUCAAUUUCAAAUCUACGCCAUAGUUCUUCUCUUCCUAUAAAUACCAAAUCCCAAUUUCUUUCUCCACGUCCACACACUUUUCUUUCAGGCACCCAUCUAAGACUACCCGAUAAGAAGCAACUCUCAAUUUCUGAUUUUCGAAUUCGCAGACAUUUCUUUAAUCGAGUGCUUCCGGUGGUAUCAUUCAAGAGGAGAGUAGAGGAAGAUAAAGAGAUGACGAUAAAACCUGUUGUUCGUGUUUCGGAGGGGAAGCUGGUGGUGAAGGAGCGAACGAUUCUGACCGGAAUGCCGGAGAACGUGGUUGAAACAUCGACAGUGGAAGGAAUGUUUAUCGGAGUAGAUUUGGAGAAGGAAGACAGCAGACACGUGGUUUCGCUGGGAAAGUUGAAGGAUGUCCGGUUCAUGGCGUGCUUCCGGUUCAAGUUGUGGUGGAUGGCCCAGAAAAUGGGAGAUCGAGGGAGAGACAUUCCGCUGGAGACGCAAUUUCUGUUGAUGGAAACCAAAGAUGGGUCCCACCUCGAGUCAGAUAACGACAAAAACAAGAACCAGAUCGUGUACACAGUUUUUCUUCCUCUGCUAGAAGGCUCAUUCAGAGCGUGCCUCCAGGGUGACUCCGACGACCAGCUCCAGCUCUGUCUCGAGAGUGGCGACGCCGAAACCAAAACGUCGUCGUUCACCCACGCUCUCUUCGUCAGCGCCGGCAUUGACCCCUUCGCCACCAUUCACCACGCCUUCCGUGCAGUUAGGAACCACCUCAACACGUUCCGACUCCGCCACGAGAAGAAACUCCCUGGCAUCGUCGACUGCUUCGGCUGGUGCACCUGGGAUGCCUUCUACCAGGAAGUUACUCAGGAAGGAGUCGAGGCCGGAAUCAAAUCCCUAGCCGGCGGAGGCACGCCGCCGAAGUUCGUCAUCAUCGACGACGGAUGGCAGUCCGUCGGCGGUGACGACGACAAACAAAACUCAAACUCGUUGCAGAGGCUGACGGGAAUAAAAGAGAACGGCAAGUUCCAGAAGAAGGAGGAACCGGAAUUGGGGAUAAAGAACAUGGUGGAGGUAGCGAAGAAGAAGCAUUCAGUGGAGCAGGUGUACGUGUGGCACGCGAUAACGGGCUACUGGGGCGGGGUUCGUCCAGGGGUGAAGGAAAUGGAAGAGUACGGGUCCGUAAUGAAGUACCCAAAGGUGUCGAGUGGAGUGACAGAGAACGAGCCGACGUGGAAAGUGGACCCGUUAGCGGUUCAAGGCUUGGGCCUAGUAAACCCGAAGAAGGUGUUCACGUUUUACGACCAUUUACACAGUUAUCUGGCGUCCGCUGGUGUGGACGGCGUUAAGGUGGACGUGCAGUGCAUUCUAGAGACUCUCGGCGCGGGACUCGGCGGAAGGGUGGAGCUCACUAGAAAUUACCAUCAGGCCCUUGACGCUUCGAUUUCUAGAAACUUCCCUGACAACGGUUGUAUCGCCUGCAUGAGCCACAACACGGACGCGCUCUACUGCUCCAAACAGACGGCGGUGGUGAGGGCUUCCGAUGAUUUCUACCCGCGUGAUCCGGUGUCGCACACUAUCCAUAUUGCGUCCGUGGCGUACAAUAGCGUUUUCCUUGGGGAGAUUAUGUUGCCGGAUUGGGAUAUGUUUCACUCCCUUCACCCUGUCGCGGAGUACCACGCUUCCGCUAGGGCCAUAAGCGGCGGGCCCCUCUACGUGAGCGACGCGCCGGGGGAGCAUGACUUUGAUCUCCUCAGGAAACUGGUUUUGCCCGAUGGGUCGGUGUUGCGGGCCCGGCUCCCGGGUAGGCCCACCAAGGACUGCUUAUUCACCGACCCGGCCCGCGACGGGGUUAGUCUGCUGAAAAUAUGGAACAUGAAUAAGUUGGGUGGGGUGUUGGGGGUUUAUAACUGUCAAGGUGCUGCGUGGAGUGCUACCGAAAGGAAGAAUGCGUUUCACCAUAGUACGGAUUCUGGUGCUGCUGUCAUCACAGGGUAUGUGAGGGGUUGUGAUGUUCACCUCAUUGCGGAUGCUGCUGCUGAUGAUGAUUGGAACGGUGAUUGCGCGCUCUACUCUCACUACUCCGGGCAGCUGAUUGUUCUUCCGCACAAUGUGGCACUUCCGGUGUCCCUUAAGGUGCUGGAGCACGAGGUGUAUGCUGUUGCGCCUGUUAAGAAGGUUUUGGGUGGUGGUGCUGGCUGCAGCUUUGCGGCUCUUGGACUUGUGAACAUGUUCAAUGCUGGUGGUGCCGUUGAAGGGCUGGUUUACGAGCAGGGGUUGGUUCGUGUGGAGGUGAAGGGGUGUGGUAAGUUUGGGGCUUAUUCCUCGGCUAAACCAACAAGGUGUAUGCUGGGAAACAAUGAGGUGGUGGAUUUCGAUUACGACGCUGAUUCCGGCUUGCUCAUCUUCAACAUAGAUCAUUUGCCGCAAGAGGGACACAGGGUUCACUUAGUUGAGUUAGUUUAUAGUCUAUCUUCUUAAUUAUUUAGUUACCAUAUUGUUGAAUCAGAGAGGGAGAGGAUAUUGGUAUGGUGGUGUGGUGGUAUUUCUUUCUUUUGCUGGAUAGGAUACAGUAGAGGGUUUUCAACAAUUUCUACUUUGUAAGAUUUCACGAGCCAUCUUUGUUUUCGAAUUUUGAUAGAAAUUGAAUACAUGUUUCUUACUCUAGUUAUU